GCCUGUGAGAGAGAGAGGGAGAGAGAGAAAGAGAACGAGCGCGAUGUUCAAUACACCGAGCUUCUAGACAUUCUGCCGGGUGGGAGAACAGACAAUCAAAUCUACGAUCCAGAAAAAAAAAUAACUGACACAUGGAUUAAACACUAAAGGUUUAUUCUCCUUUUUAACCUCAACGUGGAGUGCGGAUUGCGCGUGCAAGUCUGAAAGUUCUCUGGGAUGUGAGCUCUUGUGGAGGAUGAGCUAAGCGGAGCACGACGGGAUUCUUCGAGGUUUGGAGCGCAGCUGCUGCCUUCAGCCACUGACGGGAGGACCUUGUGCACGAGGAGGAGGAGAGCUGCCUCCGUUUCGCUCUCUCUCUCUCUCUUUUUCCUUUCUCAGUCUCUCAGAGACAAGCAGCAUCCCUCAGCCACGGCACUGAAAACAGAAGGUGUUCAAGGAGAGAAAAAAAGAAUAACGGAGAAGAAAAAAACAGGAUUAUAAAAGCAGGGAGUAAUCAAAGGGAAAUCUGAAGCAAGGACAAAAAGAGUUGAAAAUAGAUUUUGCAUCUCAGCCUCUUGUGUUUGUUGUUUUGCGGAGCUAAACUGAAGAGAUUUGGGUCGUGCAUUGCUUUGCUUCAGCCAGCCUGUGGAGUAUAGGAUCACAAAUAGCAUUUUAAGGCCAUGGACAUUGCCUCGUCUCCUGCCUCUAGGCUGACCAUGACAAACUAUUCUGUUUUUAUGUGAUCCUGCUGUGAAUUCUGCUGUUGCAGCGGUCUUCUUCGAGCAAAAAUUCAUCCCACACAUUGGCGUCUGUAUUCAGAAGGCCUGACAGAUUCAAGAAACAAACCCUAACCAGACGGCUCUUUAGUACAACAAAAAAACAUGGCCAAGGGGAAGAUCUCUUCUCCAUGUGGUUACCAAAGCCUCAAGAGGCAGGGUUGGUAGGUGUAAAUAAUUGCUACUGAGCAGAGCCAUGACAGUAUGGUGGACUGUUUGAGUCGAGUCAUGCUGCACACAGCCGUGUCUUGCUGGCAGCCUUUGCUGGGGCUGGCCCUGGUGGCCGUGUUUGUGGGUUCCACUCUGGCCUGCCCCGCUCGCUGCGAGUGCUCCGCCCAGAGCCGCUCUGUCAUCUGCCACCGCAAGCGCUACAAUGCCAUCCCAGAUGGAGUCCCAACUGAGACAAGAAUCCUUGAUCUCAGCAAGAAUCGCAUUCCGGCCGUCAACCCUGAUGACUUUUCUGUCUAUCCACACAUAGAAGAACUGGAUCUGAGUGGGAACAUCAUUGCCUACGUUGAACCCGGAGCCUUCAACUCUCUCUACAGCCUCCACACACUGAGCUUAAAGAGCAACCGUAUCAAGCUCCUCUCUCUAGGCGUCUUCUCUGGCCUCUCCAACCUGACGAACCUGGAUAUCAGUGACAACAAAGUUGUUAUUCUGGUGGACUAUAUGUUCCAGGACCUGCGUAACCUCAAGUCAUUAGAAGUUGGAGAUAAUGAGCUGGUUUACAUCUCCCAUCGGGCCUUCAGUGGACUUUUGUCCCUUGAGAGCCUGACGCUGGAGCGCUGUAACUUGACGGUGGUGCCUACAGAUGCCCUGUCCCACCUGCACAACUUGGUGAGGCUACAUAUGCGCUACCUCAGUAUUAGCUCUCUACACCCCUACUCAUUCAAGAAGCUGUUCCACCUCCGUCACCUAGAGAUCGACAACUGGCCAUCAUUAGAUUCUGUCCCUGCUAAUUCUCUGCAUGGCCUCAACCUCACAACGCUUUCCAUUACCAACACCAACAUGUCGGCUUUCCCUUACCAGGCUCUUCGCCACCUGCCUUACCUCAUACACCUUAACCUCUCCUACAGUCGUAUCCGGACAGUCGAGGGUGGACUGCUUCAGGACCUGGUGCGAUUGCGUGAGCUGAGGUUGGCUGGGUCUCAAUUGGUAUCCAUUGAACCGUACGCUUUCCAGGGCAUCCGCUGGCUUCGUUCGCUAAAUGUGUCCCACAACCGCCUUGAUACCCUAGAGAGGGGUGUAUUCCAUUCUCCUGAGGCCCUAGAGGUGCUGCUGAUCAACAACAAUCCUCUAGUGUGCGAUUGCCGACUCAUGUGGUUGCUGCAAAGGCGCCAUUCCAUUUCUUUUGGAGACACCCAGCCCGAGUGCAGCACUCCCGAAGGAAUUCAUGGACGACCCUUCAGGGAGUUCAAAGAAACACUGCUAUCUUAUUAUGUGACCUGCACUAAGCCGAAGAUCCGGGAAAACCGGACUCAGAUGGUGUCCGUAGAGGAGGGACAGUCGGCCCGCUUACACUGCAGCGCAGAGGGGACCCCACGGCCCACUAUUUCCUGGGUCACCCCUCGCCGGAGGCACCUGACCAAUAGGAGCCAUGGCAGGGUGAUAGUCCACAACAACGGCUCGUUGGAUAUCAAGGCAGCGGAGGUUCAGGAUGACGGUGUGUAUAUGUGUGUGGCCUCUAACACGGCAGGCAAUGACACACUUAUGGUAUCACUGGCAGUGAAAAGUCUGGGCUCGCUGUAUGCCAACAGGACCCAGCAUUACACGGAUACAAGCAAUGCCACUGCCAAUGGUACCAACCUCCCCAAUGUGACCUUUGGCCUGGACCUAAAGACUAUCUUAGUUUCUACAGCCAUGGGCUGUUUCACAUUCCUAGGAGUGGUUCUCUUCUGCUUCCUGCUCCUGUUUGUAUGGAGUCGAGGAAAAGGCAAACAUAAAAACAACAUUGAUAUUGAGUACGUGCCACGCUCAAAGUCCAAUGGGACCUCUGCUGAGGAGGCGGACCAGGGUGCUGGGCCACGUCGCUUUAACAUGAAAAUGAUUUAAGGUGUUGAAAGUAAUACAAGUGGGAAUUUAUGCUGAUCCUUGUUUCACAAAUGCUACCUGGAACAGGACUCCUUCAGACCAAUGCCAGGAAACUCAACAGUCCCUAAGGUUCAAUCCAGGUUUUGGUUAAGCUUGGACUUCACUGGAUGUGCAAGGGGAGUAAUAUGUGUCAAUAAUGAACCACUUUCAAUUUGUAUGAAACCCUCUUGGUAAGAGGGGAUGUUCACCAACACUCCAACACAAAUUGUGUACAGAACCGAUUUGUAAAAUUCAAGUAUUACUCUUAUUUGCCGAGGCUCGCACAUGCUUUCUCACUGCGACCAACAGAUGAUCGGGGAUCUGUUCUCUCCCUCAUUAUCCUGCAUAUAUGUACGUAAUGCUCAGUUAUGUAUGUGUAUGUUAACAUGUAUAAACACUUUCUUUUGUUGCAUUGUUCCCAAAAUGCAAUGACCGCCAAAAUUUACAUUUCCCUUGAUUCGAAGGAAAUACUGUGUGAUCAAGCCAUCGUCUCGCUACUCAAACUGUUUGAGGAUGGAGGACAAAGGGCUUUAGAGGGUGUGAAAUGUUACUCCGGGAAACAUGUGUGCCGUUUGUCUACCCCAAGUUAUUCUCCUGAUAUGAAGAAUAUUAUAUUUGUUUAUAAUCUGGAAAAAAAGAAGAGAGAUUAUUUAUUAACAAAGGCCUUUACGUUCAAACUCAAUAAUACAAGGUGAAGAUUUUCAAAUGGUUUAAAUUCAUGAUUUUUCCCCUAUAAUUUUGCUGCAAGUAUACACAUUAAUUAAUACACACCAAUUUUAGUUGUGCUCUUGUCCAUUUCUGUGACUCUAACCCCUCAUCUGGUACAAAAUACAAAAUGUCUCCAUUUACAGUCAAGCUACCAUUAUCUUUUUUUUUUUUUUUCCUUCCCUAGUAAGAAAUUCUGACUUUGUUGUGGUAGUUUCUCAUUUUGUUGUUGAAUCAUUUAGAUUGUAAACAGUUCAAAGUAAAAGAAAAAAUACAUGUAUGUGGAAUAAAGAAUAUUGAUUUGUA